AUGAAUAAUUCCAAUUCAUCCUUAAAUACUAUUGAUGAUAGGCCAUUAUCUUAUAUUUUACAUAAAGUAUUAAAUAUUCUUCAAUCAAGCCCAGUACCUUUGAAGAAAUUGGAAUUACAAACACAACUUGUUAAAGAAGGUGUAUUAUUACCCUCAGAUCAUGAAUUCUGGAGUAAUCUACAUAAUCAUGAAAGAAUAUUUUUAGAUUUGAAUACUUUAAAGUAUAGUUAUAAAUCUCCAUAUGAAAAUAUUCAGAGUGAGGUUGAAUUAUUAGCAUAUGUAAGACGUCAUAAUGAUGGUUUAUGCAUUGAUGAUGAACUAUUAAAGGCAAAUUCUCUAAUGGAUCGUUGGAUACGUUCAUUAAUUAGUAAAAGAACAGUAAGAUGUUUGAGACAGCAACAAGUUGCUGGUAGAAUUCGUUGUAAACAUGGAGGAAAUGGUAGUAUUGGUUAUUCAAAUGGUCCUGGAUGUCCUCUUUGGUCACAAAGACCUUGUGAAGCUUGCGCAAAUUUAAAAGGUAUUGUUCUUUAUCCUUUAGCAGAGGAUAUGAAUAUUGAGGAAUUAAAAAUAGAUAAUGAUAUAAGGGAAUCAUGGAGAUCUAUAAUUAAGAAUAAAGAUAUAAAUUUAGAAGGAAUUAUACGUCAAAUAAAAGGUGAUAAAGCUGUAAAGUGUCUACUUGAUUUAAAUAGAUCUAAUAAUAAUUCAUUAUUGAAUUCAAAAAGGCGUUCUCAUAAAUCUGAGGGUAAAAUUCAGACAGAUAAUAAAAGACGACGUAUUAAGAUACGAAAUGCACAUAUAUUUAAUAAUGCAGAUGAAUUAUUCUGUUCAAACAAUUUUGAGAAGAUUUCUAAUACUUAA